GAGCGACGUUGGGUCUCUUCCCGGUUGAUUUGGGAUAUGACGCAAGUGGAUCUGAUCUGGCAAAAUUGAGACUAUUCCUGUGAGUUGGGUCUGACACUGAGAGUGGACGGGCUGGCAUAGCCUCGCCGCGUGUCGAACUAAUCUAUCGCUUAUAUUUAAUCCCUCGCUGAUCGCAUCAUCGAGAUGUAGCCACCAGUCAAUAUACCACCGCCUUGCCAUUUUGCGUCGACAAGAUGGAUCCAGUGACGGUCAUCGGGCUCGUGGGCAACAUCUUUACAUUUGUCGAUUUCAGUUUAGAGAUUCUCAACGGCGCCAAAGACGUCUAUGCUUCUUCCGCAGGAUGCUUGGAGGAGAACAGGCAGCGUGGGGUCAUCGCGCGAGAGACUGAAAGCUUAGCCUCUAGACUGCUUGUCUCCAACAACGCACAUUUAACCGGAGCAGACAAAUGUAUAUUUGACCUGGCGACGGAAUGUCAGAAGAUAUCUCGCGAUCUUAUCUCGCUGCUCGACAAACUAAAAGCCAAAGAUCCUAAAUCGAAGUUCCACAGCGUGAAGUCUUCUGUGAGGAAUAAGUGGUACCAAAAAGACAAGCAAGACCUCGAACAAAGGUUGCAAAUCUGCCGCAGCCAGCUUGAGUUACAGCUUUCUUAUUUGGCGAGGUAAGCUGUGGCAGAUUGCGAUUAUUCUGAUUGGAGCUAACUGUCGUAGCCAAGAUAUCAGAGAGAGGCUUGCAAGCUUGGUGGAUUCCUCUGAAGAGGAGAUUGCUCGUCUUAAGAAACUCCAAGAUGAUGUUAC